UCGCGCCGACUCACAGCGCGACAGUUGUAAAAAUACAGUUUGCGGCGUGGUAAACCGGCUGGAGUCAAGAUGUCUGGACACAGCCAUGGGCACGGCCAAUGUCAGUGCGAGGGGCACCAGGACCCUGCCGAGAGAGGCCUGGAGUACGGCCUAUUUCGGAAGAUCGACCAGGAGAGGCUGGAGUGUCUGAAUGAAGCGAGUGAGGGCUCUGGCAAACUGGUCUUCAAGCCCUGGGAGGAGAGACAGGACCGGACCAAGUUUGUAGAAAGUGAUGACGAUGAGGAAUUACUCUUUAAUAUUCCUUUCACAGGCAGUGUGAAGCUGAAAGGAAUAAUAAUAAUUGGGGAUGAUGAUGACACCCAUCCAUCAGAAAUGAGACUGUAUAAGAACAUCCCACAUAUGUCGUUCGAUGAUGCAGGUAGAGAACCUGAUCAGGUGUUUCAGCUUAGCCGAGAUCCCACAGGGGAGCUGGAAUAUACUACAAAGAUAGCUCGUUUCUCCGGUGUUCACCACCUUUCCAUUCACAUAACCAAGAAUUUUGGUGCAGAGACUUCAAAAAUUUAUUAUGUAGGAUUGCGAGGGGAGUGGUCAGAGGGCCACAGACAUGAAGUGACACUUUGUACAUAUGAAGCUUCUGCCAACCCUACAGAUCACAAAAUUGACCUCAUCACUCCUCAGACGCACUUCAUUGCUUAAAAUGUGACUCCUGAUGCUCUAGCAUGCACAAGAUUUUAUGACUGCACUACCCUAACAAGAAGAAAGCACUUCCAGAAUAUCAGGGGCUUCUACAUUAAACGCCCAGCAGAAUAGACUGGUACAAUAUCUAAGUUCCAAACAAUUGUGAAUAAGGUGUGGUGAACAGAAGAUUCCUGAGGAGGUAACAUUCGCUGUUGAACUGGAGUCCGCAGUUGCUGCUUUGAUUUGUAAGUGUUAAAAUCCUGAUUUUGUGACUAAAUUGAAGUAGCUGGCGUUUGAUAUUCCUAGCCUCAAAACAGGAUAUUUUCUAUUAAAAUUAAAUACCUAAUUUUGAUUUUUCCUUGCCAAAUGUGUUAUACAUUGUUAAUGAAUGCUGAAAAUCUGAGUCCUGCGUGCCACUCAAAAUCCACACAUCAGAAUAAUCCAUUGUUUGUGACAUUGCUCUGCUCCUAUUGCCAUAUGAUUCUCGAGCAAUAAUGUGGUCUAGAAGAACAACCAUUUAAAACCUAUAUUUUUCAUGAAUUAUAAAGUGGAAAAACAUCUGUUUAAGGUUAAUUACACUGCUUUAAAAAGCACACUGUGAUGUCUAAUCAAGAUUACUAAAAUCUGUGUACCUGUGGUUGGAGACCUCAUUGAUUUUGUAAUAGAUGGGGAACGAAUUUCUUCAGAGUCCAGGAGAUCCAUAACAAUGCUUUUUAAGUGCCAUAAAAAGCAUAAACUGAUGUCAGUCCCUUGAAAUUACUGUGAAGAGGGACUUCUGUAACACUUAAACACAAUCACAGAUCAGGAGCAGAGGCAACAGAACCAAUCUCUCUGAAAUCAGCCCACAAUGCAUUGAUUUAAUGAGUGAAAUGAUCCAAUAAUAUCAAAAUCAGUACUAUGUAAUCUGCUAUCAGUUCUUCCCCAUUUUUGCCUGCAAGUUGCUGCCUUUCCCAUAUGCCUAUGUGCAUUAGAUUACAUAAACGUGGACAGCACUGUGCCCUUUGAGUAUCAGUCAGGUGAAUGGAGGUUUAUUGAACAGCUUGAAGCUUAUGUUAAUAUGGAUGUAGUUUAAAUUGAUUGGAUGUUUUUUGCUGAUAGAUCCACUUUGCUCAAGCUUUUUCAUUACAUUUUCCGGAUUUGGAAUUUACUACCACAACACCAGAGAAUGCAGCCAUGGUUUUAAGAAAAUAAAAUAAAAUGUAUCUGCUGUUAGUGGACUGAUAUGUGAUCCUCUCAUCUCUGCUCUUUAAAGGUUGCAUUGCAAAUUACUUGGCUAACAUUUGCUGUUGAAAUUUUUUUUGAAUAAGUGUAUUUCGUUAAAAUAGCUGCAUUGCAAUUAACUCUAAACACACAAGCAACCAAAGCGUGAAUGGGCUGUCUUGUGUACAUGUCUUGAGUAUGCAAUAAUGCGGUGGAAAUAAAAUGUGAACUCAGGAAAUGAA